ACACAUUCUGCUUCCGUUUCCAGGAUUUAUUUUGAAAAAUAAGCGGUAGUCAUGGAGGGAGAUCGUGAUUAUAGGGAGGGAGCAGAUUAUAGAGUAAAUGUGAAGUCGAAAAAACAUGUUCGUGAACAGCUUGAGAAGUAUACAGACUUAUUUAAAAAGUUCCUCGAUGGCCAGUGCCACAUUUCUGAGGAAGACAAAACCAAAUUGCUGAAAGAAAUGGUUGUGAACUUUGAAUUCACAGUGCAAGAAAAUCUAGUUGUCGGUGGCUUGUCGUGGGACGAGGCGUCAGAGGAUUAUUGUGAAGACUAUGAGAGCACAAUAAAUGACAUUAUGGAUGAGAAAAUAGUUGAGACCGCCUGCAAACGCAACUCUUACCCAAAGCAAAUACGCAACCAGGUUGUGCGAUCAUUAAGAGCAGAGAGGAAACUUCUGGGUUUGUAUGAACAGGCAGUGAAGCCCCAAGACCUAAAGCCAGACCCAGCUCAAGAGUUUGUCAUCAGAAAUGUAUCAGCUGCUGCACCUGCAGUGUUCAAACAAGCCAGUACUGUUAUGAAGUCUCUGAAAAGUCUAAAGCAGGCAGCUGAGGGCUUGCAUCAAGUACUUGACAUGCAGCCUUCAGCGGAGUCAGUGGAAAUCUACAAAGAGAUUUUAGUAGGAGACAUCUGUCCAGAUCUUCACCACAGGCUUCCCUCCACCGUCAAAAGAGCUGUGUCUGAUUCAGAAUACAGUGCAGACUAUGUACCCGCUCGAGAAAUCAUCCAAAAGACUGAUGUAAAUUAAUGUGUAUCUGUAUGUGUGUGCAUCAUUUUUUGUGGCUAUGGAGAAGGGCAGUAAAGGAGUGUUGUAUUGACACCUGUUAUUAAAUAAGUGUUUUGUGUAGUGUAAAUAAAUAUAAAAAAAAAAACUUUGUG